CAUAAUACUUGAUUGCUUUACUAUCAUCACCAUAUCACUAAUUAGAAUCUAAUUAUUUGUUUUUCCUAUCAAAAAACAAUUAAUAAUUAAUUAUGAUUAAUUGAUUGUUGUUGUUUUUAUGCUUUGCUUUCGCGUCUGGAUUAUCGAUGUCAAUGAUUUUCUCUCAUCAAUCCAAAGGCAUCGACAUUUUCCAUAUAAUUGCCAAAUUUUUCGAAUCAAAAAUUUAUAUAUUAUUUGGAAAACUCCCCGUUCGAUAAUCAAUCAUAUUUUAUUUGAAUCAUAAUUAUCUCAAAAUGAUCAUUCUAUCAUCAUUAUUCAAUCGGAUAAAUUCUUUUUUUUCUUCUUUGUUUAAAAUAAUGAAAAACGUAAUGUUUGCACUAUGGCGAGCAUUUGUUCGUCGAAAACCGAUUGAAAAGAAUGAAUCAACACGACUGAAAAAAUGUUUAGGCACUACAGAAUUGACUGCAUUAGGGAUUGGAUCGACAUUAGGUAUUGGUAUCUAUGUUAUUAUCGGUACUGUUGCCUAUAAACAAGCCGGUCCAUCGGUUGUAAUCAGUUUUAUCAUUGCGGCGAUAUCAAGUAUUUUUGCCGGACUUUGUUAUGCUGAAUUCGGAGCAUUAGUUCCAAAAGCUGGAUCAGCAUAUGUUUAUUCAUACAUUUGUGUGGGUGAAUUUAUGGCAUUCAUAAUUGGUUGGAAUCUGAUUUUAGAAUAUAUUAUUGGUGCUGCAUCAGUUGCACGUGGUUAUAGUAAUUAUUUGGAUGGUAUACUUGAUAAUAAAAUCAAAAAUUUUUUCAAAGACACAUUACAUCUUAAACUGCCGCAUACAAAUUGGUUUUCCGAUUAUCCAGAUUUGUUUGCUUUUUCAUUAACAUUGUUACUUUCAGGUAAUAAUUUGAUUUUGUGCUUUAUUUAUUUUUCACUUAUAACUCAUUUCAUUUCACUCUUUUUAGGUGUUUUAAGUUUCGGUGUAAAAGAAUCAACACAAUUCAAUCUAAUAUUUACGGCUGUAAAUUUUUUUGUCGUAUUUUAUUGUGUUAUUGUUGGACUAUUUAAAAUUGAUUUUCAUAAUUGGAAUAUUUCCAAAAAUGAAAUACCAACCGAUAUCGAUGGUGGUAAGGGUGGAUUUUUCCCAUUCGGAAUCAAAGGAACGAUAUCCGGUGCAGCAACAUGCUUCUAUAGUUUUGUUGGUUUCGACGCUAUUGCUACCACUGGUGAAGAAGUAUUGGAUCCACAACGAUCAUUACCAAUUAGUAUAAUAUUAUCAUUAACGGCUGUUACAAUUGCCUAUUGUGCUGUAUCAGCAAUUCAGACGUUAAUGUGGCCAUAUUGGGAUCAAAAUAAUGAUGCACCAUUGCCAUAUGUAUUCAAACAAGUUGGAUAUCCAUUUGCGCAAAAAGUUAUUACCGUCGGUGCUUUGGCCGGUCUUUCCACCAGUCUAAUUGGUGCGAUGUUUCCAAUGCCACGCAUUAUCUAUGCUAUGGCCAACGAUCGGUUAUUAUUUCGUUUUCUUUCCCGUAUUAAUGAACGAUUUAAAACACCAUUAAUAGCAACCAUGUUAUCCGGUUUUUUGGCCGCAUUAAUGGCUACAUUUUUUAAUAUCGAUGAAUUAGCUCAAAUGAUGUCUAUUGGUACAUUACUUGCCUAUACAUUAGUCGCUAUCUCUAUAUUGAUUUUAAGAUAUCAAAAUCAACCAAAUACCGAUUUUGAUAAUGAUCAAUCAACUGCCCAAAUAAUGAUGACAAAUGAUAAUGAUGAAAACAUUUAUCAAGGCUCAUUUAUAAAAAGAUUAUUCAAUUGGAAAAAUUCUGAUCAACCGGAUCAAUUUUCAUCACAUUUAAGUAUGAUUUUGAUUGCCAUAUCAUUUGUGCUUGUAUUCAUAUGGAAUUUCACAUUCAUCAUAUUUGAAGAUAAAAUCUGGUCAUUAACAUUACCAUAUUAUGGCAUUAUACCUUUGAUUGGAAUAUUUUUAUUAUUUAUAUUUGUGGUUUUUUGUCUGGCCAGGCAACCAAAAACUAGGAAUGAAUCUACAUCAUUUAGAGUUCCAUUAAUACCAUACAUUCCAUUAUUUAGUGUUUUUGCCAAUACAUAUCUAAUGGUACAUCUAAAUCAAAUGACAUGGUUCCGUUUUAUUGGCUGGAUGUUUAUCGGAUUUUUAAUUUAUUUUUCCUAUGGUAUUGUUAAAAGUGUUGGUUAUCUAACCCAGGAAGAAAUCAAUCGAUUAUCAUUAAAAUCCGAUGAUGAUUGUGAUGGAGAACAGAUUCAUAAUGAUAAUGAUAUUAUUGUUAAUUAAUAAUUAAUUUAUUAUAUUUCGAAACGAAAAUUUUUUUAUUACAAUUUUACAUUCUAUAUAAAUUUUAUAAUCUUAUUUUGUUUUAAUUAAAAUAAAUUAUGAUUUUGAAUCAUUAUUAUCAUAAGUA